AUGUGCCUCCAAGUAAAGAAUUACUCGGAUGACAAAAAUGUUCAAUUUUUAUAUAAAUAUUUCGGAAUUAUUUUACUCAUUCUGCAGCAAGCCAGCAUGCCACUUCUGGCUCGAUUAUCACGAUACCGAAAACCAAGUGAAGUCUUUAUUACGACUGUCAAUGUGCUAACUAUGGAAGUGAUCAAACUUGUUGUAUGUUCAGUAGUAGUAGCAGUUAAUGAAAAUUCUUUACGCAGAUUUCUUGCACAGUUUCAUGUGGCUGUUAUACAAGAACCAACUGAGAUGUUCAAACUUUGCGUACCUGGCCUCAUUUAUGCAUUCCAAAAUAAUCUUUACUAUAUCGCAUUAUCACAUCUCGAUGCAGCAGUUUUUUAUCUGCUUUAUCAGACAAAAAUUCUGACAACUACCAUAUUUUUGCGAAUCUUUCUCGGGCGUAGUUUCUCUCUUCGGCAAUGGCUUGCUUUAGUUCUUCUCAUUAUUGGUGUUGCUGAUCUUCAUUUAAAUCAUAAAUCGCCAAAAUUAUCUCCUGGCAUCGAACAAAAUCCAACUUUAGGAUUAAUAGCUGUUUUCAUGAUGUGCGUGACGUCCGCAUUUGCUGGAGUUUACCUGGAAAAGAUUUUGAAACAAAGUGCAAUCAGUAUAUGGAUGCAAAAUGUGCGGCUUUCACUGGUCAGUAUUCCAUUAUGUGCAACAUCAAUGUUACUCAAGGAUUACGCUGUCAUUACUAAAGACGGAGCAUUCAGAGGUUUCGAUUUACUUGUUUGGAUUAUGACGAUAAGUAAUUCAGUUGGCGGGAUUCUCAUAUCCAUAGUCGUUAAAUAUGCUGAUAAUAUUCUUAAGGCUUAUGCUCAAAGUAUAGCGAUCAUUGGUGCUGCCAUCGGUUCGUGGAUAUUCUUCGACUUUACGCCAAAUUUUGAAUUUAUACUGGCUUCAAGCAUUGUUAUUCUUUCUGUUUACAUUUAUACUGCUUAUCCUUAUAAAACUGCUCAGACUGUUUAA